AUCGAAAUGGCUAAGAAGAUCUCGAAGCACAGCAGAGCCGCCAGAAGAGGAGAAGUGGAUGAAGGCAUUAAGGAGUUGGAGAAACUUCCCAAGGCGGAAUCCGAUGGUGUCAAGAAGUCCAUCAUCCGUACCACCAUCAAAAACGAAAACUUGUUGAACGCCAAAAUGGAAAGCAGCAGAGUCAAGAAGAACAAGAAGAAGACCAACAGUUUGAAGCAUCGUUUGGAAAGAUCCGACAAGCUCAGCGGGGUCUUAAGUACGAAGAUCGAGCAAAGUAUCGCCAGAGCCAAAUACGUUCAAAAUGCCAGAAAAGCGGGCUGGGACCAGAUCAACAAGAACAUCAAGAACGAAUUGAUAGACGAAAAGAGAAGGGAGAUCGAAUUAUCGGGUAAGGCUCCUUUGACCGAGCAGGAGCUUGAGCAGGAGGCCGAAGAUGAAUACGUCAAAAACUUCUACCAAGACGACGAACAAGAAGAAGAAGUCAAGCCUCAAAACCCAGCCAACAAGUUUGCUUUGUUGGAAGAGACAGAGGCCUAAAUCUGGAACCUAGUCAUUUGUCACUUCAAGUAGGGCUCAGACAAAUAUAGAUUGUACCAUAGAAAUACACUCAAGAUAGGAAGA